UUGCGGCAAAUCGCAGACUUUUUGGGGCACACUUUGGGCACACUGCAGAUUCCGAGGAAGACUUAGGGCGUAUUGUAGAUUUUUGAGGGCAACAUCAUGAGCGGUUAUUGGCUACAAAUCAACCAAUGGGAGUAACCCAGAUGUACUUCCUCAACCAAUGACAGUUAACUUUUGAGAACUGCGUUACAAUGAAUCUUGAUUAGUGAUUAAUAAUACAUCAUUUCAAAUAAUAUACUCUUUUAAUAUAAACAAUCAAAUAAAUAUACUUUUACUAUUUGAAUACAUCACCAAAGGCCCCUCCCUCAGAAAUCUUUUACUUCACUGAAAUCCUUCGAAGUGGCUGAAUCCACAAUUUGUAUUUCCACUGCUGUAACAUGAGCUCUAAGAGUUCUCAGUCAAGCAUCACUAAUACACUAAAUGACAGAAGACCACCAGCUAAUGUCGAACCAUACCGCCAGAAGAAUUCUAGACUACCGCUAGUCAAUUUUCACUUAAGACGAUAUAAGUCGACGUUCUAUCGGCGUCUCAAAAAGUACAAUCUGGAUUGGAAGAAGCGUGUAGAAGGUAAGCUUGCCCUUUCAUAUUAAUGUACACAGAAUUAUAUGCGAAAAUUCGUGAAAGUGAACCACAGUCAGAAAUAAUGCCAGGAAACAUGGUUAUUCCCCAACAAAUUGUCGUUCCAGUUGAUGUUCCUUGUAAUAGCAUGGCACCUCCACCAUCACUGGAUGAACAUUUACCGAAUGAACAACUGUCUGCAACAGAGGAAGCUGACUAAACCGAGUGCACUGCAGUGGAAUCCGCUCGCAACUUUGUCUACAGAUGCAAGCUGAAUCUGGAUAAUACUCGUAUUUUGCUGGAAGAAUUUAGAUCCCUGCUUCCUGAACUGCCGACUGACCCUCGGACAUUGAUGAGGACUAAAGACUUUUUUCAGAGGAGAGCAGUUGGUCCUGGAAUAUAUGUUCGCAUUGGCCUUCGUCGUCAGAUUUUAUGUCGGUUGCAAAUUUUCAAAUGUGAAGUCUCUGUGCCAAUUGCUCUUCAGCUGAACAUUGAUGGUGCCCCAAUAUUCAACAACUCCAAAUUGUAGAUGUGGCCAAUACAAGGGUAGUUACUUUUGUCGGGCUGUGACAAGAUAUUCUUGGUAGGAGUCUACUGUGGUUCGUGUAAACCUUUAAGUAUACACAGUUUUUUGAGGGACACUAUCGUCGAAUUAGAAGGCAUUUGUGCUAGUGGUGUCACAUUACCCAACAGUCAUCGCAUAGACAUUGUACUUAAGGCCGUCAUCUGUGACACACCAGCAAGAGCACUAGUUAAGCAAAUAAGUGGUCACAAUUCAACACAAGGAUGCGAUAAAUGUGAGGCUUUAUGCCGCCGUGCUAAUCAUCGCAUGGUUUAUCCUACUACAUGUGCUGCUUUAAGAACAGACAUGUACGUAAUAGAUUUAACUCUGAUUUAAUUGUUGACUCAUAGUUAAAUGCGGAACCGUUGGCGCGUUAUCCCAGGUUGUAGUUUGUCAUAUUAAGUUAGGGCGCAUCGCAGACUUAUUGGGCAAACCUUGGGCGCAUUGCAGACUUUUCGAGGCAGACUUCGGGAUAGUGUCCCACAUCAGUAGAUUUACCCGACGUUUUUGCCACAAAAAGUCUGCAAUGCGCCCGAAAAAGUGCUAGCUGGGCACUGAUAACCACCAUGAUACUUAACCAGUUUCGAGCAAUUUUAUAUCAAAAAGAGCAUUGUAUCUGUGUAAAGAACGGUGAAAAACAGUAGAACAGUCAAUUAUUACAUUUAUAUUCAUCAUAGUUGCAUGCAAACCAUGCAUAACACAACCAAACAAAACCUCACACGAUAUCAAUCAAAUAUCAAACUGACCGCCAAUAAAAGAUGAGGAAACACGAAGCGCGGUAAAUUUAAAACGCGAUAACGUACGUCAUCGGAUGUGAACAUUGAACGUUGGUUCAUUGCCCUUGGUCGCCACUGGUGGGCAACUCGAAGGCGCGAGUGGUUCAAUUGUUUACAGGUUCGAAGAAAACGAAAGAAAAUGAAUAAAAGUACUGCAUAUUUUGUAUAAAAUAUUUGUUUACAGACUAUGUACUAACCCUCAACUUUAAUUGCCAAAAAAUAC